AUGGAAAAGAAACUCCUUGAUUUCAUAUUAGUCCCAACUGGUCUUUUUAUAAUGGUGGCAUACCAUAUCUGGCUCCUCCACAGAGUGAUGACGCAUCCCACAAAAACUGUCAUUGGCAUCAACGCAAUUAAUCGCCGUUUGUGGGUUCAAGCUAUGAUGGAGGAUGUGUCCAAGAAUGGGGUUUUGGCAGUGCAGUCUUUGAGGAACAAUAUAAUGGCAUCGACCCUUUUGGCUUCCACUGCGAUAAUGCUGAGUUCCCUCAUUGCGGUGUUGAUGAGCAGUGGCAACAAGGAGAAAAGCGUUAUGUCGGAGGUUUUAGGGGACAGGAGUGAGCUUGCUUUGUCUAUAAAGUUCUUCUCCAUAUUGGUGUGUUUCUUGUUGGCGUUCUUGUUGAAUGUGCAGUCCAUAAGGUACUAUAGCCAUGCAAGUAUCCUCAUCAACGUGCCCUUCAAGAAAUUGUCACCAAGCCAUAGGCACCAGAAGCUCACAGCUGAUUAUGUUGCCAACACUGUCAACCGAGGCAGCUAUUUUUGGUCCCUUGGCUUGCGUGCCUUCUACUUCUCUUUCCCUCUUUUCUUGUGGAUCUUUGGUCCCAUUCCCAUGUUCUUUUCUUGCUUUGUCCUUAUUUUCUUGUUCUACUUCUUGGACGUCACCUUUGAAUGUGGAUGGGAUGGAGUUGGUAAUACUAACACAGUUGAAGAUGAAGUACAAAAGCUCCAUGUUGAUAUGGAAAUUGGAAGGGCCAAUUAG